AUGUUGCUUAUAAAAGUACGCAAUAAGUGAUUUUUUUUUUAAUUAAACAAUGAACGCAUUUUACGGCUUUUUUCUUUUAAUUUUUUGCAUUGGGCAGUGCCAUAGUCACGGGCCACUUUCUUUGUUCGAUGGCGUCAAUGCCACUGAGGGAGAAUUCCCUUAUAUGGUGUCUAUACGUUUGGGUACUAUAGGAGAACAUGACUGCGGAGGUUCCAUUAUUGGUCCAACAUGGAUUUUGACUGCGGCCCAUUGUAUGCGUUUAGAGGCCGUCAGGUUUGGUACGAUCAAACUGAACAAUUAUAGAACUGAUCCCGAAUACACGGUGAAAAUAAAAAACUAUUAUCCGCAUCCCGAUUUUGAGAUGAUCAGAGUUAAUAGGUCUUGGGGUUAUCCUAUAAACGAUAUCGCUUUAUAUGAGGUGGAAGAGCCUAUACCAUAUGGUCCCAAUGUUCAACCUAUUAAGCUGGCAGCCAAAAACCAAUCUAUUCCAUAUAAUAAGAUGGGAAUAUUCACUGGUUGGGGAUUCACCACGAAUACCGGGGACUGUCCGGAUAACUUGCAAAAAAUCAAUAUAACCCUCUACGAACCUGAUUACUGCAUUCAUAAUUCUAUGGAUCUAUACCAGAACGACGGUACUGACAUCUGUGCAGGUUCCGAUAAAAAAGGACGGGGCGUUUGCUACAAAGAUUCGGGUGGCCCGUUUGUCGUGGAUGGCAUUCAAUAUGGAGUCCUAUCCUGGAUGACGAUUCCUUGUGGCAGCCACGUAGUCGGUUUCAGCAACAUCGCACACUUUAGAGAUUGGAUUUUUAGCAUUUCAGGCAUUUAAAUAACAUUAUGAAUAAAGUAUUAAAAAUUCUCUAGUAAA